CUGCUGAAGAGAUUGCAGGUUGCGCGCGCACCCUCAUCUCCCACACACACACACACACACAUGCAAAGAGGAGGAAAACAGCUGAUGUCGGGGGACAAGAUGGGACCCGGUCGAUAAGAAGGAGAAAACCUUGAAGACAGCCUCUCACCCUUCUUGCUUCUCUCUGGUUGAUCCUUCCACCUCUCUUUUGCCCCGGGGAUGAACGCACCAAUGAGGAGCCUCACAAUCCACUCUCUGUAUAGCACGGCAAGCCCCAGCAUGCUGAAGAGGAAACAGAGCUCCCGGGUCGAGACCCAGCCCAUGACCGACUUUGGGCCAGAUGAGACCCUAGCAGACAGCGCGGACAUCUUCUGGAUCAACAAACCAUGGGUGCACACCCUGCUAAGAGCCUGCGCCAUCAUCAGCGUCAUCUCGGUGUGCAUGAACACCCCCAAGACCUUCGAGCAUUACCCACCUUUGCAGUAUGUGACGUUCACGCUGGACACGCUGCUCAUGUUCCUCUACACGGCCGAGAUGAUUGCCAAGAUGCACAUCAGAGGAAUCAUCAAGGGGGAUAACUCCUAUGUGAAAGAUCGAUGGUGCAUGUUUGACGGAUUCAUGGUGUUUUUCAUCUGGGUGUCCCUGGUGUUGCAGGUGUUUGAAAUAGCGGAGCUGGUGGAUCAGAUGUCUCCAUGGGGGAUGCUGAGAAUCCCCAGAGCGCUCAUUAUGAUCCGGGCCUUCAGGAUCUACUUCCGCUUCGAGCUUCCUCGCUCCCGCAUCACCAACAUUUUGAAGCGCUCCGGGGAGCAGAUCUGGAGUGUGUCUAUCUUUUUGCUGUUUUUUCUCCUGCUCUAUGGAAUUCUGGGUGUUCAAAUGUUUGGAACGUUCAACCAUCACUGCGUUACCAAUGACACACAGAAAGGCAAUGUGACAUGGAACAGCCUGGCCAUCCCCGACACCCACUGCUCCCCCGAUGGCGAGGGCUACCAGUGUCCCUUGGGCUUCAAGUGCGUGGACCUGGAAGAACUGGGCCUCAGCAGACAGGAGCUCGGUUACAGCGGCUUCAAUGAGCUGGGGACAAGCAUCUUUACUGUAUAUGAAGCAGCCUCUCAGGAAGGUUGGGUGUUCCUCAUGUACAGAGCCAUUGACAGUUUCCCUCGCUGGCGUUCCUACUUCUAUUUUAUAACUCUCAUUUUCUUCUUGGCGUGGCUCGUGAAGAAUGUCUUCAUCGCCGUCAUCAUCGAGACCUUUGCUGAAAUCAGAGUGCAGUUCCAGCAGAUGUGGGGGUCCAGGAGCAGCACAACGUCCACAGCUACAACGCAGAUGUUCCACGAAGACGCUGCCGGGGGAUGGCAGCUUGUAGUAGUGGACGUCAACAAACCACAUGGCCGAGCGCCCGCCUGCCUCCAGCAACUGAUGCGCUCCUCCGUCUUCCACAUGUUCAUCCUGAGCAUGGUGGCUGUGGACGUGAUCGUUGCCGCUAGCAACUAUUACAAGGGCGAGAACUACCGGAGGCACUACGACGAGUUUUACCUGGCGGAGGUGGCCUUCACUGUUCUGUUUGACCUGGAGGCUCUUCUGAAGAUAUGGUGUCUGGGCUUCACGGGCUACAUCAGCUCCUCCCUGCACAAGUUUGAACUGCUGCUGGUUGUGGGCACCACCCUGCACAUCUACCCCGACCUCUACCACUCCCAGUUCACCUACUUCCAGGUCCUUCGAGUGGUGCGCUUGAUCAAGAUCUCUCCCGCCUUGGAGGACUUUGUCUACAAGAUCUUUGGACCGGGCAAAAAGUUAGGCAGCCUGGUGGUGUUCACAGCCAGCCUCCUCAUCGUCAUGUCAGCCAUCAGCCUGCAGAUGUUCUGCUUCGUGGAAGAACUGGACCGCUUUACCACGUUCCCCAGGGCAUUCAUGUCCAUGUUCCAGAUCUUGACCCAGGAGGGCUGGAUAGAUGUCAUGGACCAGACCCUGGUAGCAGUGGGUCACAUGUGGGCUCCAGUAGUUGCCAUUUACUUCAUCCUUUACCAUCUGUUUGCUACCCUGAUCCUUCUCAGUCUUUUUGUGGCCGUCAUAUUGGAUAAUCUUGAGCUGGAUGAGGACUUGAAGAAGCUCAAACAGCUCAAGCAAAGCGAGGCAAAUGCCGACACCAAAGAGAAGCUCCCGCUUCGACUCAGGAUCUUCGAAAAGUUCCCCAACAGACCUCAGAUGGUGAAGAUCUCCAAGCUGCCGUCUGAUUUUACUGUGCCCAGAAUCAGGGAGAGCUUCAUGAAGCAGUUCAUCGACCGCCAGCAGCAGGACCCAAGUUGUCUCUUCCGAAGACUCCCCUCCGCUUCGUCGUCCUCCUGUGACCACUCCAAACGCUCGGCCAUCGAAGACAACAAAUACAUCGACCAAAAGCUUCGCAGGUCAAUAUUUAGCAUCCAGGCUCGGAAUCUGCUGGAAAAAGAAACUACCGUCAAUAAAAUACUACGGGCCUGCACGAGGCAGCGGAUGCUCAGCGGGUCCUUGGAUGGACAGCCGGCCAAAGAGCGCUCCAUCCUCAGCGUCCAGCAUCACAUUCGGCAAGAGCGCCGCUCUUUGCGACACGGCUCCAGCAGUCAGAGGAUCAGCCGAGGGAAGUCGCUGGAGACCCUCACCCAGGAUCAUUCGAGCACCGUCCGCUACCGUAACGCCCAGAGGGAGGACAGCGAGAUCAAGAUGAUCCAAGAAAAGAAAGAGCAAGCAGAGAUGAAGAGAAAAGUCCAGGAGGAGGAGCUGAGGGAGAACCACCCGUACUUUGAUAAGCCUCUCUUCAUCGUGGGCCGGGAACACCGCUUCAGGAACUUCUGCCGGAUGAUCGUUCGAGCUCGCUUCAAUGCAUCCAAAACCGACCCCAUCACCGGAGCCGUGAAGAACACAAAGUACCACCAACUGUACGACCUCCUGGGCCUGGUCACCUAUUUGGACUGGGUGAUGAUCAUCGUGACCAUCUGCUCCUGCAUCUCCAUGAUGUUUGAGUCGCCCUUCACCAGGGUCAUGCACGUGCCCACCCUGCAGAUCGGAGAGUACGUCUUUGUCAUCUUCAUGAGCAUCGAGCUCAACUUGAAGAUCAUGGCUGACGGUUUGUUCUUCACUCCCACGGCGGUCAUCAGAGACUUUGGAGGUGUCAUGGACAUCUUCAUCUAUCUCGUGAGUCUCAUCUUUUUAUGCUGGCUUCCGCCGGACGUCCCGCCCGAGUCCGGCGCUCAGCUGCUGAUGAUGCUGCGCUGCCUGCGACCGCUCAGGAUCUUCAAGCUGGUGCCCCAGAUGAGGAAGGUGGUGCGGGAGGUCCUCAAAGGAUUCAAGGAGAUUUUCCUGGUUUCCAUUCUCCUCCUCACGCUGAUGUUGGUGUUCGCCAGCUUCGGAGUCCAACUGUUUGCUGGAAAGCUGGCCAAGUGUAACGACCCCCAUGUCAUGAAAAGGGACGACUGUCACGGGAUAUUCCGGAUUAACGUCAGCGUGUCCAAAAACCUCAACCUCAAACUCAAACCCGGCGAGAAGAAACCGGGAUUCUGGGUACCGAGAGUCUGGGCCAACCCUCGCAACUUUAAUUUUGACAAUGUGGGGAACGCCAUGUUGGCCCUCUUUGAGGUGCUCUCUCUGAAAGGAUGGGUGGAAGUCCGUGAUGUCAUCAUUCACCGCGUGGGACCGAUCCACGGAAUCUACAUCCAUGUCUUCGUGUUCCUGGGCUGCAUGAUUGGACUCACGCUGUUUGUGGGCGUCGUCAUUGCCAACUUCAAUGAGAACAAAGGCACUGCUUUGCUGACUGUGGACCAGAGGCGAUGGGAGGACCUGAAGAGUCGGCUGAAAAUUGCCCAACCUCUGCACCUGCCACCUCGUCCAGAGAACGGGGGAUUCCGGGCCAAGAUGUACGACAUCACCCAGCACCCGUUCUUCAAGCGUGGCAUAGCUGUGCUGGUGUUGGCCCAGUCUGUUCUGCUCUCAGUCAAGUGGGAUGUAGACGACCAAGUAACAUUCCCACUCGCCACCAUGUCUGUAGUCUUCACCUUUAUAUUUGUACUGGAGGUGACCAUGAAGCUGAUCGCCAUGUCUCCAGCCGGUUACUGGCAGAGCAGACGGAAUCGUUACGACCUGCUGGUGACGUCGCUCGGCGUCAUCUGGAUAGUCCUGCACUUUGCUCUGCUGAAUGCAUAUACAUACAUGAUGGGCACGUGUGUGAUCGUCUUCAGAUUCUUCACAAUAUGCGGCAAGCAUGUGACCCUGAAGAUGCUGCUACUCACUGUGGUCGUCAGCAUGUACAAGAGCUUCUUCAUCAUCGUGGGAAUGUUCCUCCUCCUGCUCUGCUACGCUUUCGCCGGAGUCGUUCUCUUCGGCACCGUCAAGUACGGCGAGAACAUCAACAGGCACGCCAACUUCUCCACGGCGGGCAAGGCUAUCACUGUCCUCUUCCGCAUUGUCACAGGGGAGGACUGGAAUAAAAUAAUGCACGACUGCAUGGUGCAGCCUCCGUUCUGCACGCCGGAUAAGCAUCGCUACUGGGAGACGGACUGCGGCAACUUGGCGGGAGCGCUCAUCUACUUCUGCUCGUUCUACGUCAUCAUCGCCUACAUCAUGCUCAACCUGCUCGUCGCCAUCAUCGUGGAGAACUUCUCUCUGUUCUACUCUACCGAGGAGGACCAGCUGCUGAGCUAUAAUGACCUGAGACACUUCCAGAUCAUCUGGAACAUGGUGGAUGACAAGCGGGAGGGUGUGAUCCCUACGUCCAGGGUGAAGUUCUUGCUGCGCCUGCUCAGGGGCAGACUGGAGGUGGACCUGGACAAAGACAAGUUGCUGUUUAAGCACAUGUGCUACGAGAUGGAGCGACUGCACAGCGGCGGAGACGUCACCUUCCACGACGUGCUCAGCAUGCUGUCCUAUCGCUCCGUGGACAUUCGUAAGUCCCUCCAGCUGGAGGAGCUGUUGGCCAGGGAACAGCUGGAGUACACCAUCGAGGAGGAGGUGGCCAAGCAGACCAUACGCAUGUGGCUCAAGAAGUGCCUCAAACGCAUACGCGCCAAGCAGCAGCAGUCGUGUAGCAUCAUCCACAGCUUGAGAGAGAGCCAGCAGCAGGAGCUGAGUCGCUUCCUCAACCCCCCCAGCAUCGAGACCACGGUGCCAAGUGAAGACCACAACGCCAACAACCCGGACAACCCCUCUCAGCCUGAGAUGAGCGGCCUCCAGCAGCUGCUCAGCCCCACCUUGUCCGACCGAGGAGGCUACAGGCAGGACUCCUCCGACCUGGGGAAGCCGCAGAGGAAGCUGGGACAGUGGCGGCUGCCUGCAGGUCGCACCAGUGUCAAGUCCAUCGUGUGCAAAAUGAACCCCGUCAACGGCGAGGCUUCCUCGGGUUCCGAGGUCAAGAAGUGGUGGACGCGCCAGCUGACAGUGGAGAGCGACGAGAGCGGCGACGACCUCAUCGACAUUUAGAGACGAGGUGCAUCCUCCCUUUCGCUUGUUGUCUUCUCAUCGACAUUUAGAGACGAGGUGCAUCCUCCCUUUCGCUUGUUGUCUUCUUUUCCCUCCUCUGAACAAUGAAUGAUGCUCACCUGCCGACUGCAGCUGUCCGCUUCUUUCCCCCCGACUGGAUCCACGCCACAC